UUGUCAUUUUCCCUAGUUUUUUGCCCUUUCAACGUUUCUUGCAUCUCCUCGAUCUUUUUUUUUUAAAUCUCCAUUAACAGUAUAAUUUAGAUCUCUUUCGUGAAAAAUCUCAUAUUACCGCCUCCCAUCAACCAAAUCGAUCUCAAGAAUUCGUGAAUUGGACGAGUUUUAAGAUCUUUGAUAUAAAAAGAGAGAGGAGAAGAUGGGUUUGAUAGAUGAAGAGAAAAGAGAGGUUUCGGGGGAGAAAGAGAACAAUGAGGGCAUGGGGCAUGGAAUUAGCAGAAAGAACAGCGAGAGCUCCAUUUCUGCUCAUGAGAAUGACGAUGAAGAAGAUGAUGAUGUCAAGAAGAUUGAACUCGGUCCCAUGAUUGCACUCAAGGAACAGCUUGAGAAAGACAAGGAUGAUGAAAGCUUAAGGAGAUGGAAAGAACAGCUUCUUGGGACCGUGGAUCUCAACGAUGUCGGAGAAACACCUGAUCCGGUGGUGAAGAUCUUAAACCUGGCGAUAAGAUCGCCGGAGAGAGACGACAUCGUUUUGACAAUCCCAGAAGAUGGAAACCCUAAGGGGUUAUGGUUCACACUGAAGGAAGGAUCAAAGUACACACUCAUCUUCACCUUCCGUGUCACCAACAACAUUGUCUCCGGCCUCCGGUACCACAACACUGUCUGGAAGACCGGCGUCAAGGUGGAUAGUACAAAGGAGAUGUUAGGGACGUUCAGUCCUCAAGCUGAGCCUUACAUUCAUGAGAUACCCGAGGAAACGACGCCGUCCGGUAUGUUUGCGAGAGGGUCCUAUUCCGCAAGAACCAAGUUCGUCGAUGACGAUAACAAGUGCUACUUGGAGAUCAACUACACCUUCGACAUCCGCAAGAAUUGGCACUGAUCCGUUGAAUUUAAUAUGAAAAUUAAAAGAGAGUAUUAUAUCAUUUACUAUUUAAUUUUGGUUCCGAUUAUGUUUAUGGAUUAAUUAAUUUUACAUGCAGUACGUACGUAGUACAACAACUCGAGGGCAUAAGAUUCCGAGAGAAUCUGCUGCCGAUGGAGUUUUGGACCGACCGAAUUUCCAUUCUUGAUUUCUUGGGUGUCAUGUUGAUUUUGCAGACUACUAGAUAUCCUAUGUUAUUUAGUUUCUAAUUUCGUGCAUGAAUAAAGAUCUUGUUCGAGUUUUU